ACAACAACAUGUUAUUUUCAUGUGUCAUUCCCUUAAGUUUUAGAAGCUUCUUUAAAUAUUUCUAGUGCAAUAAAUGGAUGGCAAAUGGGUGGCACAGUUUACUACCACCAAAAGCAAAAAUGUGACAGGUUUUCAGCUUUCAGGUAUGCUCCAAUUAGGAGACCACAAGUACAGGAAGAAUGUGUCUAUUUGUCUGUGCAUGCCAUUCUUAUCCACAUCUUCCACCUCUUUCUUUAACACUUCUGUGAUAGCAUUCAAAGACUUAAGCCAUUAACCUAAAUAUCUAUCUUCAGGGUAUUUAAUAAGUUUCAUAUUUCAAACAGUAUACAUGUCCAGAUUUUGAAAUAAUAUGAUUAAACAGACAGAAAAAAACCCUCUGCUCAUAGUUUCUGGCCAAGUAGGAUUGUUCUCUAUAGAAUAUUUUUCAAGUGGUUUAUCUUAGCUUAUUUUAAAUUACUUUGGAGAGUAAGGCUGCAGCAAUUUCCUCAAAAGAUAACCCUUGAGUCGCUGUUAAGAAGCAUUCCUAAUGCUGAGUCAAACUCAGUUCCACAGCUUGCUUUUAUCCCACUUGUCUGAAUAAUAUAUUUUAGAGCACCUUAAAUAAUUAUCCUGUGUCCCUGACAAUCAUGUUCUUCAAGUAUGUGGAAAAGUCUUAUUUUGGUGCCAGUCCUACCUAAUUCUACAACUGAGAAAGACUGGCAAUGACCAGGAGGCAAGAGAAGGUCUGGGAAUACUAAGUCACAUUAAACACAGAGAGAGAGUGUUCCUAAUAGCUGGCUCCCUGUGAAUGGAUAGCUUCCCUAGCAGCUGCUCUCUGGUAAAAACAGUGACUGCAGUCACUUCCUAUUAAUAGCAAUAAACUUUAGUCAAAUCCCAUAUCUGUAUGCUGAUCAAGAUGUAACUCAUGACUUAAAAUACCAGAAACAACCUUGAGAUUAAACAGAGGUACACAAAGAAGACGUGUGUUUUAACACCUUUCCUGCUCUUCUUUUCCCUUCCUGAUUAUGGUGACACACAAUCAAAAGAACAAGGAUUAAAAGUGAAUGUAAUUUAAAUGCCAUAUUUGAAAUGGACCAGAUGGGAAUGAUACAGUUGUUCUUCAUAGCAAAGUGAGUGAGAGAUUAUUUCCAAACCUCUUUGUCAGAAGCCUUUGAUUUUUUUUUUUUUUUUUUUUUUAAUCACAUCAUGAGCUUGUGGGAAAGGUCAGGAGGAGCAAAACUGCAUUUCUCAGCACAACCUAGGCACUGGUCUGCCAUCUGCCUGGGAAGACAGAGCGCAGUGAGCACAGCGCAGUCCUGCCAAGCUGCGUCUUCAGCAACUUUUACUUCCUUUGCCUCCCAUCAGAAAGGAGAUGAUCAGCAGCUGAAGAAGGAAAGGAACAAAGGUCGAGGUUGGAGGAACAGUGUAAGGCACAACCUUUCACUAAAUGAUUGUUUCAUCAAGGUGGGAAGAUGUGAGGAUGGCAAAGGAAACUACUGGAGUAUUCACCCAUCAAACCUAAAUGACUUUGUUCACGGGGACUUCAGGCAACAUCGAAGGUCACGAAAGCGAGGGCACCAAAAGGAGGCAGAGCAUUGCCUUGCUGUGAAUUAUUUCACACCGUGGGGACACUAUCCCUCCUGUUCAGCACCAAAUUUGCUUUACCAAACACAUUUUCUGGAACCGCUGUGGAAACUUCUUUAUGCUGACAGACUGCAGUUUGUGCAUGAAUACCAAAAGUGGAAUUUAAACAGUCACUUAAUCAUGGGGAAGUUUUCACCUCAGUUACAGACUGAUAAACCCCACAGCACUUCUGGGGACUGGUUUAAUGGAUCUCCUGCCACUUCAGUUAUGCAGCAGAAUAUUUUCCUAAAUAUUCAGCCAGGUUUACCUAACUCCCUUUUAUUCUUUUCUCAAAAACAGCACCAAAGUGAAGCAUUCAGACACAUCUGUAAGUACUAGGAAGUAUUUGAAGUGCUUGAAUAACUUCACAGGCAGAUUGGGACUCAAGCUAUAAUAAGUCAAGAUAUUAUAUACAUGUUGCACAAUUUUUAACUUCUGUAUAUAUUUAAAGACAGCAGAAAAGCUUGCUUACUUAUAUAGGCUGCUUAUUAAAAAGCUUGCUUACUGAUUAUCCAUGAUUAUUACCUAAGUGUAUUGACUUUGAAACCAAUUCACAACAAUGAAUUUUUAAUAAUUCUGCUAGUCAAUGGCCAGGCAUAGAUUACUUCAGUAUAAAAGCAAAUCAAUUCCCACUGACUGCCCAAUGAAAUGAUUUUUAAAUUGUUCUGUAUUAAUCAUAUUACUGUAUACUACUGCUCUAUUGGAUUCAAAUUAAUACACAUGUAUGUGUAUUUAUAACUAUAUAUUCAAAUAUGUACAACCAUAUAUUUACUUUUACAUUAUAUUGAAUAGGAAUGAUCAAGAAUUUUUUCCUUUGUCAUUUGAGAAUGUCUUUGAAAUUAUACUUGUCACCUCCCAUACUGCUGGCAAUACUAAAUUAUUCUUCUACUCAUUUAAUAUGAUACAUUGGUUAGUACUCAACCUGCACUAUUAAUUCUGAUGCAUUGUAUUGAUCAAAAAAAAUCUCUGUACAUUAUAU